GCUCCAUGGCGUCUGCAGGGGGCAUUCCUACUGAUGACGAGCAGGCCACCGGGCUGGAGCGGGAGAUCAUGAUGGCUGCGCAGAAGGGACUGGACCCGUACAAUCUGCUUGCCCCUAAAGCAUCUUCAGGCACCAAGGAAGACCCUAAUCUAGUCCCCUCCAUCUCCAACAAGCGGAUAGUAGGCUGUAUCUGUGAAGAAGACAACAGCACUGUUAUCUGGUUUUGGCUGCACAAAGGCAAGGCCCAGGGGUGCCCCAGCUGUGGAACCCAUUACAAGCUCGUGCCCCACCAAUUGUCCCACUAAAUCUCUACUCUCUUGAAAUGGGUUGUGAAAUUUCUCUCCAAUAAAGACUAGCCAUUGUUUUGGCUCCUUCUUCC